UAUCUAUGAACUUCAGGUCCAAAUAAGGAGCUGUCUGCGUGAACCACCGUCCUGUAGGACAAUGACCAGCUUAAACGUUUUAUAAAAGCCUUCGCCACAGUUUGGAUUCAUUCAGACUUUCCAAGCGACUCUGGUGUCCAUUUGUGAGGUAUAACAUGGCAGAGCACGGUCCUGUACUUUAUGUUCAUCCUUCAAGCUGCUUGGUUGAUGAAAAAACGGAGGUUGAAGUUAAGCACUUACCUGCCGAUUAUAAGAUCACUCUUCACGCACUGAUUCGCUCUGAAGAUGGAGACGAUUGGGAGUCGUUCGGCCGCUACACCAGCGACUCCUCAGGGACUGUUAAAGUUUCCAGAGAUAAAAGUCUUGGCGGGACAUUUGAGGGAGUUGAAGGCAUGGGUCUGCUGUGGAGUAUGAGACCUGUUCCUGAAAGUAAACCAGGUCGCCGAUUUCGGAAGAACAAUGUCCAUACACCAGUUAAAGUGACGUUUUCUGUGUAUGAAGGACACCUUGCUAGGGGCUUUAAGCAUCACAUACCCCUCACAUCAGCUACUGCUGAACGCUGGUAUUUGGCCCCUGAAGUCCAGAGUGUUGAAGUGACAGAGGGUGAGAUAAAGGGGACACUCUUCAUUCCUCCAGGUUCUGGGCCCUUUCCUGCUGUGCUGGACCUCUGGGGAGGGCAGGGGGGUCGUGUUGAGUAUCGCUCCGCGCUCCUGGCGUCCCACGGCUAUGUCUCGCUGGCUCUGGAGUACAUCGGGAUGCUGACUGCUGAAGGAAACCUCCAUCACGUGGACAACACCUACUUUGAGACUGCAUUCACAUUUCUACAACAACACCCCAAAGUUCGUCCUGACAGAGUGGCAGUGAUGGGGAUGGCAUUCGGUGUGUCUGUAACGCUGGGUUUGACCGCAUACUCAGAAAUUGUAGAGCCCAGGUGUGUGGUUUGUGCGAGCGGGUGUCACAUCAUGCCGCUCAAAGGAUCUUUGGCGGAUGUCUAUGCAGCACUACAACAGAAUGUAGACAAAAUCCGCUAUGAUGAAAAAAUGAGAAUAAUUUGGCGGGAUCUGUUGCUGCCAGUACCAGAUGACCCUUCCAAGAAAGUUAAGAUGGGUGAGAUCAAAUGUCCUGUUUUAUUAAUCGUUGGAGAGGACGAUCAAAACUGGCCGGCUUCAGAAUCUGCAGCGGAUAUGAAGAAGAUGAUGGAGAAGGCUGGGAACAGUCACCUCCUAACGGUUCUAUUGUAUCCUGGAACGGGUCAUCUUAUUGAGCCGCCCUACAGCCCUCACGUCCGAUUCAGUGACUUCAAGCUACUGGAGGCAAAGACCAAAGUGGUGGUGCUUUGGGGAGGAGAGACGGUUCCUCACAGUCGAGCUCAGGAGGAGUCCUGGCAGAAAACUCUGGCUUUUCUUGAGGAGCAUCUCUAUGACAACAGCAGAGAAGUUACACACCGCUGCUAA